GGCUAGAUGUUUUUUUAUUUUGUUCGGAACAGCAGACACUUCGGUGGAAAUAAUGGAAGCCUUAGAUCGUAUAAGAACGGAAGGAAAGUCGUCAAUCCAGAGACCACUCACAAUUAUUCCACUUACUUCAUGAUGUUUGCUCGCCUCUCUGCGUUCUCCUUCACCCUCCUGGCUCUCCCGAUCUUUGCGUCCGCCACCGUGCUUCCUCGCGGCGGAAGCUCAGGAUGCACUUCGGGCACCCUAGAGUGCUGCAGCUCUGUCCAAGACCCUUCAUCCAACGCUGUCCAAACCGUCCUAGCCGACGUCGGUGUCGACGUUGGCGAUAUUACCGUCCCUGUUGGGCUCACUUGCGACCCCAUCACCGUCAUUGGUGUUGGAAGCAAUCAAUGCUCCAGCCAGGCUGCCUGUUGCACAGGGGAGAACUAUAACGGACUUGCUGUUCUUGGCUGUAUCCCCGUCAACGUCGGCGUUUGAACCAGUUUUUUCUCCUUACCUUGUCUCUGGGUACUUUGAAAUAUGAUCUUUGGGGUCGGAAUUUAUAGUUGAGAAAUGAUUAAGAAA